AUGACUGGAAGCCAACAUAUCAGUAAUACUUAUGCAGGACUCCUCACUAUCGGAGGUAUUGCAGCCUACGCAAAGAAAGGUUCUACACCAAGCUUGGUUGCAGGUGUUGGUUUAGGUGCGGCUUUUGGAGCAUCUAGUUAUCUUAUUAUGCAACAAAAGCAUUUUGAAGGACAUGCUUUAGCUAGUGCUGCUUCUGUUGUAUUAUUGGGUGCUGGUGUUAGUAGAUUUUUAAAGGCUUCAAAUAAGACUAUUCCUUCCAUUCUUACCAUCUUGGGUUUAAUUUCUAGUUAUUAUCAAAUUAACAAGGCUAUUGAAUGGAAGCAAUAA